GAUUAGCGAGACCGCCAAGAUUCAAACUCAAAAAAUGACAGAUUUACAUUGCUUAUAUAAAGCCAUCAGAGACUAUUUUGACGAUACGCCUGUUGAAGAAUGGUCUUACCUUAACUUUUUAAAUUCAUUUAAACCCGUCAUUAUGUCAAGAUUGGAUGUCACAAAACAAGAAGAUAAAGGUACAUGGAGAAAGAGAUUUAUAACACGUUUAGAUAAGAUUGCAGGAGAUGACGCGUAUAGUGAACAACAAAGAGUGUUGGCGAUUCUCUUAAAAGAAAAGGUAUUUUCAGCUAUUAUUUCUUCUUUUAUUUCUUCCUUAAAAACAGUCAAGACAGUUCUACGCAGCCAAAGGAUGGUUUUGUUCCCUCUUGAGAACUCGUCGUCUGCAGAUAGUUUCUGGGACAACGUUGAAAAAGAGAAAGAAGACUUACGUGGAAAACGAGAGAUAAUGAACAAGACGAAUUCAGUACGCAACAAUACAGAAAUAGAAGUUCUAGAUCUAUUAGAUACUGCACGCACAGAAAAAACGAAAGAAAUUUUGAGCUCAUUGAAGCGGAAACCUGAAAACGAAGUGCCCAGUGAUGACAUAGAGAAAGAUGAUGAAAAUCGAAUGACCCAAGAAAAAAAGGAACAAUUUCGAAAAAUUUUCCAGGGGAUACCUACAGAGGCAAAACUUGUCUUAAAUUCAAAAACUGUUGUUGAGGAUGUCUUAUUUAAAUAUGCAAAGGAUCUGGAGUACGAGAGCCAUGCACACUCAUUCAUCAUAUGUGAUCAUGAUGAUAAAAUAAAAGCAUUAUUCAGUAAAGAAGACUGGAAGGAACUCACGAAGAAGCCUUCACUGCCGUCCGUCGAUUAUGAAGUUGGGAAAGAAUUGGCCAAGUAUAUGAAGGAAGAUCUUGCUGAACUUCGCCAAGAAGUGAUGCGCAAUUUCCUGGAAGAAAAUGAAUUUUAUGAUCCAAAGGAGCAUUACUUAAAAGAAUGGAUCCAAGUUACAUUGAGGCAUCUAUGCAACCUUUAUGAAAAUCCAUCUGCUCCUUUAUUCCGGGAACAGUACGAGGACUGGUUUACAGUCAACCUGUUUGGAAAUUGCUUUGAUUUUUUGAUGAGACACCCAAGAAUGUCUACGGAUAUAAAAAGGACAGAUGCACCAUCAACUGCCUCAGCAAAUAGGAAAAAUCGAGCCAGAAAACCAAAACAAAGAAAAUUGACUGGCAGAAAGAUUGAUGGAAUUAUUCAUCAUCCAACUUAUAAUAUAGAAUUGGGUGCACUUGAAGCGGCAAGAUCCUUCGUAAAUGAUGGAGAUAGAAAACUUCUUAUUGAGUCUUUUAAAAUGCCGAAGACUUUGAAGGAUAUUUUAGUUGAUAUGAUAAGAUCAAAACGAUGCAAUGAUAAGGAAGUGAAUAAGCUGGUGGCCAUCGGUAUCCUGCAUUUUCGCUAUAACAUUCAGUUUGUAAGGUUAUGGUUGGCUGGAGGUUCUAUAUGUAUCUUUUCGAAAGAUGAUAUUCAUUCUAUCUCCGAUCACUUUUCUAAAACAAGCCAUUUAGAUUUUCUUAAGUUCCUAAAAGCAAUUGUGCGAAGUCAGAUUAUAAUUGAAAACAAUUUAAAAGUACUUGGAUUCAUCGAACAGAAGACCCCAAAGGAAGAUGAUUUUAAGGAGGAUGAUCUUAUUUCAGAAAUCUUAGGCAAUGGCCAGGACCUUUCUCGACCAACAACUCCUGAAAACGAAAUUUCUAUUGUGGAUUGCUUUGAAACACCACAUAAAAAGAAAAAUAAACCAAAUAAAAAAUCACCGGGGAAAAUAACAAAUAAAAAGAGAAGAGCUAAAUAA